AUGGGAAGAAUGGAUGUCUUAGUGAAACGUGUGCUGAUGAAUAUUGUCUUCUCUCUUCAGCCCAUUUGUCAGGCAUCUUAUAAUAACGAUUUCAAUGAAGUUCAGCUCCUUUUGGAGCACAACAGCAACUAUCUGAACAUCCAGGACAGCUUCAGUGGAGACACCCCCUUAAUUUGUGCAUGUAAACAGGGAAACAACAGGAUAGUUAGCUAUCUUCUAAAAAGAAAUGCUGAUGUCAACCUCAGAAACAAGAAAGACCGCACAUGUCUGCAUUACGCUGUGAGAAAACGGUUUACCUUCCUUGACUAUGUGCUCAUCAUAAUCCUCAUGCCAGUUAUGCUUAUUGGAUAUCUUCUCAUGGUCUCAAAGACUAAACAGAAUGAAAACCUGAUUAAGAUGUUGCUCAGAGCUGGGGUGGAUGUUAAUGCUACAGACUUUUCUGGUAGCACAGCCCUUCACUAUGCUUGUGAAAUGAAAAACCAGGCAGUCAUUCCUCUACUGCUUGAAGCUCACGCAGACACUUCUGUAAAGAAUCAGGAUGGGGAGACUCCCUUAGAUAUAGCAAGAAGACUGCAGUUCCACAACAUUGAAAGCAUGCUAAGGAAAACUUCCUAGUCAUCAAGGACUCUUGAACGUGCAGAAAAUUACCUCAUCUGGCAAUCCAUCUUGCACAGCAGCAGGAGUCCUGCAGAGGGUUGAGGGAUGUUACUUGAUAAAGACUUGGUCCAAAUCCACCCAUUCCUUGCUGCAGACUUUGAGUAAUUUGUGUGAGGCUUGUCAGUACCCCCAAGGCCACGUGGGCUGAAAGGAGUUCGUUUGACCUUACUAAGCCAUGAAUUAUUAUAAUAGUGUUCAAAAUAUUGCCCU